AUGAGAGCAGACACCUUUAGGUAUCUCGUUUUGGACGAUAUUGGCGGCUUGUAUGCGGAUAUUGACUAUGAAUCGCUGCGCCCAAUAGACAAUUUCACCUCCAAUCAUAGCUGUAUAGUUUCCCAGGAGCCUUUAGAGCACGCGUAUCUUCUUUACGACAAGGAUAGAUUUUGUUGCAAUGCUAUCAUCGCAGCCGCUCCGGGGCACCAGUUUUUCAAAUGGCUGAUCGGGGAGCUGCCAAAAAUAGCGAAAAGCAUACCAAAGAAUGAUGUACAGAGAAAAACUGGGCCGGCGAUGUUGGACAAAGCUGUCCAGGAUUAUGCGCGGAUAUAUUUAAAUGGCGACGUUUCAAAAGAUCGAGAGCUCUAUGUUGCAGCUCAGAAGGAACUUAUGCCUCAAUUCGAUAUCAAACAAUGGUAUGCAUUCAAUGCAAAAUGUCGGCAAAGGUCGCUUUAUCAGGGUGUUAAGAGACGUAUAUGCGAAGAACUUCAGACUUUACAGUACCAAAAUCGACCGCUAGCUGACGCGUUUUCUAACCACCAUUGGGUUCACUUUUGGGGGCCAGAUUUUGAAAACGGAUACGGUCAACUUGUCAGUAUUGAUGACAUUGCUCCCUAUCGCGUUAAUGUCACAGAUUAUGUUAUGAAGAUGCCUCGCAGAAGUGAUAAGACAUGA